AUGGUCGUCGGGCUGCAAGGACCACCACCACUUGGACCCUCGAAUCUGGGGGGAAAGGAUUACGGAGACGGAAGGGAGAACUCGAGCAAUAGGGUUGAGGCUGUUGAUAAGAUUCUCGUCCCAAUUGACUCAACACUCGACCGUCCGACAAUGAGGGGAAAGGUCGUUGGGUUUGUCGACUCUGGUCCGCCUCAAACACACAAGCAAGGGCUGACAAACACCAACAGCAGGGAGGAAUGA